GAACAAUCCAGAAAGGUCUUAGAUCAUUAGUUAGCUUAGUCCAAGCUGCAACUGUAUCCAAGGAUUCAUAGUUGAACUAUUUUUCAUUUUGCUGAUUGAGUAGGACCGGACCAACAUGGCUGAGCUCAGGUCAUCACUGAUAACAGUAUUCAUACUCACUUUUAGGAGCUUUGAAGGGGCGACCCAGCCUGGAUCCUGCAGGAUUGUGUGUGACCCUUUCCAAGGCCAGAGCAGCACACAUGAGGUGGGUGCUAAUGGCCUGGUCAUACCCCUCUCUUCUUCUGGACAGGGUCCUAUGGGUCCUGCAGGGCCACCAGGAAAAGCAGGACCUCCUGGACUGCCUGGACCUAAAGGACAGGGAUCUCUUGCAAAGGGACCACUGGCCUUUUACGUAGCACUGAAGGAAGACUUCGGGAAAGACGACAUUCUGAAGUUUAGUACGGUGAUGACAAAUCUGGGUGGACGCUAUGAUUCCUUGACUGGAACUUUCACAUGCAAUUUAGCUGGCGUGUACCACUUCAGUUACCACAUAGUGAAGAAUGGACUCAGCCUCAGAGCCGACCUGGUGCUUAAUGACCACAAGAUUGUGGCGAGUGCAGUGGCAGUAGACGCUCUCCACACUGACACGGCCAGUAACAGUGCAGUGUUGCAAUUGAGAGAUGGCGAUCGGGUGUAUGUCCGCCUGAACAAGAGCGACAGCACACUUAAGGACACGCAGAACCUAUUCAGCACCUUUUCUGGCCAUUUGCUGUACGAGAUCUGAGACCCAUGCUGUCUUUAUCACUGAAUCUGAAGCACAUGCUAUGCCUCUACCCAAUUAUCUCUGCUAGAAAAUAUCAGUGUCACUUUGUAUGCGUAACAAUUUUUUUCACUGAAUAAAAGGAAAGCUCUGUUACCAUG